AUGGAAGAAAGAAAAGGAGAAAAUCAAAGAUUAGCACAGGAAAAUAAAAGCUUGGAAGAUACAACCACAAUACUGGAAAUGGAAAAUGCGUCACACUUUUUAAGACUACAGAACAUACCUGAAGAUAAGAAGGAAGUCCUAACAGAAAUGAUUACUAAUUUGUUUGCUGAGGCUCUAGAAGUGGAAAAAAAUGAGAUGGAAGGAGAAUUGGAUCAGAAGGCCCCGUUUUCUAGGUGUACAGAAAGUUGCCUCCCAGGAUAUACCAAGCUGAUGAGAGAGGGAGAACCAGUUUGCUGCUAUGACUGUUCUCCAUGUAUGGAAGGAACCAUCUCUGUGCAGGAAGAUGUAGCCCAAUGUGCAAAAUGUCCAGAUGACCAUUUCUCCAACGAGAAGCGGGAUCAGUGUGUCACCAAAGUUAUAACUUUCCUGUCCUACAGAGAAAACUUAGGUCUCAUCCUGGCUGUAUUUGCCCUUUUUUUGUCUCUUACCACUGCCUUAGUUCUAGGAAUUUUUAUUAAAUAUCGAGAAACUCCCAUAGUCAAAGCUAACAAUCGUGAUCUCACCUACAUUCUGCUGAUCUUUCUCCUGCUUUCCUUCUUGACUUCCCUUCUAUUCAUUGGUCAACCCAAGAAAGUGACCUGUCUUCUUCGACAAACUGCCUUCAGUGUUGUUUUCUCAGUUGCUGUGUCAUCCUUGCUGGCCAAGACUAUCAUGGUGGUGAUGGCAUUUCUGGCCACAAAGCCAGGAAGCAAAAUAAGGAAAUGGCUGGGGAAAUCUUUGGCCAAUUUCAUCAUCUUCUCCUGCUCUGGUGUUCAGGUGGGCAUCUGUUUCAUAUGGCUGGGAAUCUUUCCCCCAUUCCCAGAUUCUGAUUUAUAUUCCCAAAAAGGGCAGAUCCUACUGCAGUGCAAUGAAGGUUCAGUCAUCAUGUUCUAUUCUGCCCUUGGCUACUUGGGCUUUCUGGCUUCCAUCUGUUUCUUGGUGGCUUUUCUAGCCCGAAAACUACCAGGGGGCUUCAACGAAGCCAAGUGGAUCACCUUCAGCAUGCUGCUCUUCUGCAGUGUUUGGGUUUCUUUUGUCCCCGCCUACCUGAGCACCAAAGGAAAAUACAUGGUGGCUGUGCAGAUCUUCUCCAUCCUGACCUCCAGCCUCGGCUUACUUGGCUGCAUCUUUGUCCCGAAAUGUUAUAUCAUCAUUCUGAGACCUGACAUGAACGCGAAGGAGCAUCUAAUGAUGAAAAACAAUGAAUGA